CGGAUUUCAAUCCUCACCAACUAAUGACGAGCGAGCAGUCUCGACGACUUCUACCCCACGCCUGAGACAUAUCCCGCGACAUCUGGAGGAUAGCUUCAUGUGUGGUUGGGUGGCGCCGUGGAGCAGGCACCCCCCACUCGUAAGGCUGUGGGGUUAGCCUUCAACACUUCUCCUCAUCCAAGCUCCAAGAUGGCCGCUCAUCUAAAGCCUCGCCGACGAUUCUCGUUUAUUCGACUCAAGUACUUCGCUGCCGCUUGCCUUUUCGCGAUCAUUACGUAUUGUUAUGUCAACUGGAAUCCAGCUCUCCGACUCAGGUCGUCGAAACCGAGAGACGCCGCUGGUAACUUUACACUCGGAUUCCAAAAGAUUGUCGUCCUCUCUGAAGGUCCUAGCUGGAGAACAAGGGGUCUCAAGGCCGCCGCGGGGUACAGCGGUAUCAACCUCGAUAUCCCUAUUCAGCCCCCGUUGACCGACGAGAUGAUCUAUGCUUUUCAAAAUAUGGGACCAACGAGUGUCCCACAUCUUCGUGGUCGAGGCGAAGCUAAAAACUGGCUUUCCUUCCUUGAUAUAACCAAGUAUAUUGUCGCCCAAGACCUCGAAUCAGCUCUAAUCCUCGAAGAUGAUGUAGAUUGGGAUGUCUUAAUCAAAAACUCGAUGAAACUGCUUUCUGAUGCGGUAAGGGAGUUUACGUGGACUGGCAAAGAGGAUCGUAGCCCGUAUGGGCGUUCGUGGGAUCUAUUGUGGAUUGGCCAUUGUGCCGAGCCGACCAGAAAUGAUACGAGGAGACUAUUGUACGAUGACCCUUCGGCGCCGCGUCCGGGGAAGUACAUUGCCCCCCUCUGGUUUCCCUGGUCAAAGGAGAAUAUGGAUGGGCUUACGCCUGGGAUGCGCUCAGUGCAGAUGGGCCAACAUACAGACUGCAGUUUCGCCAUUGCUCUCUCACGGCAUGGCGCUAUCAAAGUAUUGAAGUUCGCCGGAAAAGGCGAAGACACACAAUUUGAUACUCGGCUCAAGAACGGCUGCAAGAAGAAGGAUUUGUUUUGUUUAGUAGUUACUCCGGAACUCAUGCAUCACUAUGUACCGCCGGCGGAAUUUGGGCAUAUUAGUGCCGUCGCGGAUGCGAAUGAGAGGGGGAGCAGGGCGGAGGAGGAGGAGUUUGAGCAUAUUAUAGGGAACACGCCGAAUAUUCUAAGAAGCGCGAGGUGUAAGGCUCUUUUUGAUAGUACAUGCCCUGGCCCGGGGCAAUGAAGCCGUUUUGACUCUUGAGGGAAGAGUGAGUGAGGUAUUGAUGACAAAUGGAUUGAUCCAUUUCAUCCAGAAAUUUCAACGCCUUCUAAAUUUUGAACUCGGG